AUGGAUAACACUACAACAAACAAACAAAAUAAAGUCGGGAACGAGGAAAGAGUCUAUUCUCCUAAUCAACGCAAUGAUUAUAUGGAAAAAUUGAGUAACAUCGGGAUGCGUAUAAGACAGACUGUCGACAGCAGUGCAGCGUUCCAAGGCCAGAACACUAAUACUAGCAUGUAUGCCGGCCUGAUUGUCCCCCAGUAUAGACAACCUAAUCUGGCUCAAGAACCACCAAUGCUAGCAAGAAAUGGAAGCUCCCUAUCCGACUUGGAAAUCAUGAACGAAUCGGCUGAAAACAUCAACAACAACGGUAAGAGAUCCUUCUAA